AAACCCGAUCUGUGUGUUCAUCAGUCCAUAAACUUAGUUCUUUGUUCUUAGUCGUUGCUGCUACCAAUCCCAAACCAACCAAAAUUAAAACUAAAAAACAAACGGAUUUUUUUUUUAGCCAUGAAAAAUAUUUUAAUUACAGGAGUUCCAGGAAUAGGGAAAACCACAGUUAUCAAACAUAUUGUAGAAAAGUUAAUUACUGUAGAGGGUGCAAAUAUUCAUGGGUUUUUUACUGAAGAAAUCAGAAACGAUCAGAAACAAAGAAUGGGUUUUGAUAUUGUUAUGAUAAAAGAGAAUAGACGAAUUCAAUUAGCUGAUAAAAGGGGUGUACUGCCUCAAGAGGGUACAAAAUAUUUGGGGCAAUAUAUUGUGUAUGUUAAAAAUUUUGAACAAAUGGUUCUGCCAUUGUUACACUCAGUUUCUAAUGCAAUUUUAGUAAUAGAUGAAAUAGGAAAAAUGGAACUGUUUAGUUCUCAAUUUGAACAGGCAGUAAAAAGUCUAGUACAUAGAAAAGAUAUUUUUGUCAUUGCCACUGUUCCUGUUAAAGGCCCUCCCAUUAUAAGUCAUCUAAAGGAAGAUCAGAAUUGCCAAGUAUUUUGGGUGAAUGAAAAAACAAGGGACACAUUACCAGAUAAACUGAUUAAUAUUGUUAAGCAGAUUAAUAAUCCAAAUAAAUUACCUAAAUAACUUAUAAUUUGUAUAUUACUUCAAUUUUUGUACUCACAAUUUUAAAGAUUCU